AUGGCGACUUCGAGCGACCAGGCCACUCAUCUAGACAUCGCGUCGCCCUCGGAUAUCAAGGCAGUUGCUGCGCAUACAGAGACACACGAUGCAGAGAUCCAUAAUCGAGAGAACACAUUGGACUUUGAUCCUUCGCCUGUCAUGUCCAAAAAGUCUGCGCCCGACGUCGAGAAGCCAAUUGGUACCCAAGAGCAAGUUGCUAUCGAAGAUUCGACAGAUGUCAAGACCGCGACUCUCGGUUCCCCCUUCCCCUCACCCAAGCUGGUUGCCGAAGACGACAAGAGUGUUGCCUCUCUUGAAGAUGGAGAGAUCAUAGAGCCAGACCUUGACGGGGCAGUCGGAGCGAGCUCUGUGACGGUGCAAGAGCAACAAGAGCAAAUUGACGAGAAGGCGGAGUCGAAGCUUGCAUCUCAAAUCGCCAAGAAGGAAGCUCCUCUGACAUCGCCCCCUGGGCUGCAUGCCGAGGCCACUAAGGCCGACGUUGACACCGGGAACGAGGACAGCGACUUCAAGACCGACACAGACGCGCACAUCGAGGCACCGAAGCCUUCGAGGCCAGCUCACAGUCUACCCCCACACAUGCGUCCUGACUUCCAGUCGCCUGCAUCCCGCCUCUUCGGCCUUCCAGACCCGAGGCACAUGAUGUCGCCAAACGAGGUCAACCGAUUCAACGAUGCCCCACGCGCCCCACGCUCCCACUUCAAUUCCCACGGAUCCCGAGGAGGUGACCACGGCGAUCGCGAGCAAAUCGUCCGUAUGAACGCACAAGUCAUGAAGCUAAAGAACGAACUCGAUACCGAGCGAAACAAGGGCGUGCGUCUCCGCAAGUCUAUCGAAGCUGAGCAGCAACAGAAAGUCGAAGCAGCUUCAUCCGUCAUGUUAACGAACCUUCUCCGCGAUCAAGCCACAACCCUGACGCUCAAGUCCAAAGUCGAAGCCCGAGAGCGCGACCUCGAUGACCGCGAGCAUAAGAUCACACAGUUCGAAGUCUACCUCACCGAAGGCCAGAAGCAGCUCAUGUACGCGCUAGAAGAGAACGGCGAUAGACCGAUGAGCGCUGUGCAAAUGGAACAUGCCCGCCGCGAAGCUGAACUCCAUGCGCAGAAAGCCAUGGCUGAUAUGAACAGUAAACUCAACAUCAAGAUCGAAGCCCUCCGUCUCCGCGAAGCAGCCCAACAGAUGCGCGAACAGAACUGGAAAGCCAUUGCCCGCGAGCAACUCGAAGCUGAAUUCGCUGACAACUCCAUCAGCCAUGAGAAGGCUGAUGAGGUUGCGGAGGAGGCGUAUAACGAUGGGUUUGGUGCGGGUAAAGAGGCGGGUCGUAAAGAGGCACUCAAGGAGUCUCACCAGCGCGGUUUCCUAGAGGGAUAUGGUGCUUGUCAUCGUACGCAGGUCGCUCUGAGUAAGAUGCGCCAGGGCCUUAUUGCGCGGGAUGAUCCUGAACUGGACUUCCUGUAUGACGCCAAUCAUCCUCACAACCUCUACACCAUCGGUUCUCUUCUCGGUCGCAUGGAAACUGAGAACAGCAAUCAACAGAAUACGAAGGCUGUUGGUCAGAAGGAGAUCGUUGCUGGGAAGAGCACCCCCGUUCCUGAUAGGAAGAUCGAAUCUGCCGAGGAGACUCCGAGGACGGAUGGCAAGGUCAACGGCCACCACAGCGGUCAUACCAAUGGCCAUACCAACGGACAUGACAAUGGUACCAUGAUCCACAAGCGCGAAGAACCCGCCAUCAAGAUGCCUCCGCCCCGCCCUACCUUCGCCGCCGAACUCCGCGGCCCCUCGCUGACACACAACGGACACAUCGUCCUCGCUAACAGCGUCGCGUCGCCUGUUGCUAAGGAGACUGGUCGUCCCAUCAUCAAGUAUGAAGAUGAGGGUGUGAACUUGAUUGAUCUCAUGUAA